CCCACUGUGCCGAUUGCAGUCAGCCGUUUAACCCAAUGUGUUUGGUAUUUUUAGUAUGCGAAUUUGUUUGUGCAUUUUUUCAUUGAAAAUAUGCCGUGUUUUUGUUUACAUUCACAAAAAUGAGUGAAUUAUUAGGUUUAUUUAGUAAGUUAAGUGAAUUUUAUGAUCGUAACUUACUUUGGGAGAAUAUUGAAGAACUCUACGAAAACGAUGCCGAAAAAGAACAGGAUAAGAAAAAUGCAGACUCAGACGAUGUGCCACUCUCCAAACUAAGCGCCAAAUCUUCUGUACAGGAAUUACCAUUUGUACGCCGUGCACUCAACGAUUCUCAAGUUUUAUCUACAUUACUCGAGCUAAGUUCGGCCAUACGUCUUUUACGCGGUGAAACAAGUGCUAGUUAUGAUAAUACUUAUGAUUGUUGGGAUGAAGUUGUUAAGGUGUCACCGCGUGAUUCCUAUCUUAGUUUUGUUUAUGCAUUAGCAGGUUUGGCUGCAGUGGAUCCAACAUCCGCCACCUAUACAAAGCUAUCAAUUGCCGUAGUUAAUGCAUAUUUUCUAUCGCUAACUAUACCAGGAGCGAAAGGUUUUCAUAUAUUUGAAACGGAGGUGAUUGCGCAUUGUCUGCAGGUAUUCGGUUUGAUAGAACGCAUACAACAUCCCGAUGUGGCGCGCCGCAUGUCGAAACAACAAGCCAUUGAGAUUUGGGUGCGUUUUUCAACAUUUUGUGAUGAUUUUAAAUUGCUUCUGAGAUAUGUGCACUUCAAUGACCACAAAGAUACGCGUAAUUUACUCUUGAAGAAAUUGGUAGACAUCUUGUAUAUGAAUCAUGAGCGUGGAUAUGCUAAUAUGUAUUCCGCUAAUCUACAUGCCAAAUGUUUUGAAAUCUUUGAGGAAUUCAUAAAUGCUCACAAUGGCGAACCGGAAGAAACAUUAAUGAAAUUAAUGAAUAUGACAGUUUUCCUCCACACUUAUGCACCUAAGCCAAAAAGCAAUUAUGGUUCCUUCUCUAGCAACGAUUGUGAACACAUCUCUGAUUGGUUUAUUAAAUGUAUUUCAAAAUAUCCGCGUCUACUCGUAAAGGUUUUGAGUUUUUAUAUCGAAUGCCUUGUGACCAACCCCAUCAAGUCAUGGAAAUCUGAACAGACACAGCGCGCUCUUGAGUAUGCUGCGAAGUACGAUGCAGCACUUUUUACCAAAUGCAACGAAUCUUCGGUGGAGUUCCUUUGUGAAGCCAUCUAUGCCGAUGAAGUAAUGAUACGAGCACGGGCUGUAGAUUUAAUUUCACGUAUUUUACAAUUGGAAGCACAUGUUGAUUGGCAAAUGUUUCGGCACGAAGUAUCAGACAUACCACGUGAGGUAUAUCUCAUAAAUGAGCUUAUAAAGAGUCUACAAGAUUGCAACAAUACUAUUAAAUUGAAAGCGGUACAAGCACUACAUGUCGCACUCACUAAAGGUUCACCCACCACAGUGAAAAUACUUAGCGAAGGCAUACGCUAUACAAAAUACCGCGAUAUUGGUGUCGAGUUACCGGAUGAGCCACGCGUACGUAAAAAUGAAAUACGUUAUGAGAAACCCACAGCGUUAGAGCCAAAAUACAGCUUUGAAGGUCACGGUUUAUUGGAAUUGGCAUUCAUGCAUUUACCAGAAUAUAUUUACAUGUUUUUCUUUCAAAGUGCACAAUCGUUUAUCCGGCGUGCGGGUAUAAUGUUUGUGGAACAAUUGGUCAAACUUAAUCCGCUGAUAAUCUUCAAUACAAAUUUUGUCGCUGAAACUACGCGUUUGGUCGAUGAACCUACGGCUCUAGUGCGUAAACAGACGUUGCUCACAAUCGACAGCAUACUCGGUUGUUAUCCUAAUUGUUAUCCUGUUGUAUGGGUUUGGUGUAAAAUUGUCGCGCCUAUGUUACAUGACGGUGAUCCAAAGAAUGUGGAAAUAGCAAUGGAUUGUUUUCGUUCGCGUGUCCUUGCAAAUUUGAGUGGCAUCGAUCAGUCCAAUAAAGCGGAGCACUUCAUGCCCUGGGUUAUCAUACGUACAAUGCUGUCAACACAACCUAGGCUAUAUUUACAGACUUGCUUUCAUACGGCUCUACAGCAGCGUAUGCUGAACUCGGAAAUACUCAGCGUUAUCGAGUCACAUCUACUCACUUCCAAUUCCACAGAAGCUUGGAUCGUACUGAAUUUUGUUUCGGGCAAAAUAAAGAGUAAGGAGCCCGAUGCACUUAUACAUCUAUUUACAUCACUAAAAUCGUGGAACAAAGAACAAAAUAUGCUCAUCGCUUUGGAGGUCCUUUCCAAUUGCAUACAGGAUUUCUCGCACACAGCACUCAAUCACGCCUUCAAUCAUAUACUCACACAAAUACGUGAAGGUCAAAUAAUACCGGUACUCAUUGGUAAAGCCUUUGAUCUACUCAUACACAUUGACAACUGUUCGCAAUCUCAGGCGAGCAAAAGUAAAAACAACAAAAGCAAUCCACUUGAGUUAUGCGAAAAAACGUGGCUACUCGAACUACACGAAUUACUCGAGUAUCAUGUACUCUCCGGUAUUGCGGAUUUUCCUGAUAAUCGCGCUAUAUUCAUGUCAUAUCUAUAUUCCUACUCGGAGGUAAACUUGCAGACACGUUUACGUCCACAUCACACCAUUGUCUCCUUUGUGCACAAGUAUAUGAGUGUCUGUUUGAAAUUGCCAGAGUCAGAGUUGGAUUUGGAGAAUGAGCGUCUUUUCAAUUCGAUGAUUUUAAUUGCGGGGCGUUUGUCUUUGCGUGAUGCUGUAACUGCCAGUACUAGUUGUAUGAUUUAUGGCUCAAUUUUAAGAACCAUUGAUCGGCCGCCAAUUGUGAAUACAAUCGUUGUAGCGUUAACGGACCUCUGCAAGAAACAUACACAAAUUGUAGAGCGUAUUAUUGUGCAUGUGUUGGCGAAAUUGUUCUCACCGUAUGUAGUGAAUCGCAUCGAGACUUUCAAGUGUUUUGAGAAGCUGGUACUGCAGGAUCAAUUGAAGCUGCGUGGUUCCUUGUUGCUGGCUCUUAUGGCGGCAAUUUUGGAUGAGAAUAGGGAAUUGGCGACGCGUGCUUGUGAAUUUUUCGCAGAAUUUCUCAGCAAAAAGAAUUCUACACUCUUUCAGAAAUGUUUGAUUGAGUGUCCAUUCGUCUUCAAUGAGUUUAAGGAUUUCGAUGGUUUGGAUAGUUUCUCGGAUACUGGCAUUAAAUCACCACUGAAGGGUGAGGAAAAGCGUAAAAGUCGGCAAUUAUUGUACAAUCACUUGAUGACGUCGGUGGAUGAAGUGAACUUGGUGCUCUAUUUUGGGCAACUGAAACUAAUUUCCGAAAAAUCACUACGCGAUGCAAGCAUGAAAACUCCUGAAGGUAUUGCAUUACUCAAGGACGUGCUCUUCAUAUUAAAACGUGUUUGCCAAUUGAUAAAAGAGCAAAAAUCAACCACUGAAAACAAGGACGAUGAAGGAGAAAAUGAUAAAACGGAUGACGCAACUGCCGAGGCAAACGAAGCAACUGCAUUAGAAGGGCUGGGCGUAGGAAAAACGCCAGCUACGGCUCCAACGGGCAGCACAGGGCGUGGGCGUGGACGGCGGCGAGAAGUGGUCACAAUGCCUGAUGCGCUUAAUAUUCUCGAAAAAUCCCUAAUUUUCAUACCUACAAUACAUAAGUGCUUCACUGCUCACUCCGAUGACGCAUUACAGAAGGCUUUCGAUGAUUUGGGCCAUGCUUUGGCCAAACGUUUUCCCAAUUUAGUUCAAUAUGCCCAGCCUGCGGGGUUUUGGCGUAAAUAUCGUGAGAAAAUUGCAACGCCAUUAAAGGCGAAACAAAAGAAAAAUCCGAAAAGAAAAGUAAGGAAUCCAAACACACCAGAUAAUCCCAAGGCGAAUUCAACAAAAAUCGGUGAAUCAUUCACAUGUGAUGAUGUUGACGAUGGUACUGCCGAUAAUGAUAUGGAUAUCGAUGAGGAUUUGGAAUGUGAUUCAGCAGCAGAGAGUGAGUUUUGUUCCGAUUAUGAUUUACCAUUGGCAAGUAAAAAAUAUGAUGGUGCAUCACCGCAAAAACGUUUACGUUUAAGCGACUCUGAAAUUCCUAUGGAAUAUUUAUUUAAUCCGAAGAUAUGAGAUUACGCCAAUGCCAGGAUUGUGCCUGGCAAUCCAUAAUUUCAGUAAAUAUACAUAUAAUACCCGCUUUUUUAAGUUAGGCCUGCGAAAAAGUACACAAUAGCAUUUAAAAUAGUAUUAGUUCUUUUAUAACGUUAAUUUUAAAUUAGUUCCCUAAUUUUAUGUAAAGCAAAAGACUAGACUCGAAAGGCUAUAGAAUAUUAAAAAUAAUGUUAUUCAGAAAUAAGUGUUUAAUGUUUAACUGCCAAAAAUAUUAAAAAAAUAUUGUUGCAACUAAAAUAAA